AGUUUUUGUUAAUGACGAUAGCAAACUGAUAAAAAUUUUACUGUGUUACUUUUUGAGGCGAUUUGGUUGAAAAUUGUGUUGGCUUUCUUUAAGUAUAUCAUGCGUCGUUCGAAAGUGGCAAAGCAGACAUCCUUCAAUUCUCCCCUGAAGGCUGCGAAGUUAGAGAACAGUUGCAAGAAACCGGAAUUGGAUGACAAAAGUAGUGUAAAAGAAAGUUCAGACACCGAUGAGAAGCAGAAGUUAGUCUCAGAAAUUAGUCAAUUUCAGGAGAAGAUUGAGAGUUUGUCAAGUCAAGGUUUCUCGGAGGAGAACUACAGACGCUAUCUGAACUUGAUGCAUGACUACAAUGACGUCAAAGACCUGGCCAGCGCCUACCUCGGUCACCUGGCUACCCUUAAACAGUGCACUGUGCGUGAACUCUACAUCCAACAUGGACUCGACCCUGAACAUGACUGACAGUUUUU